AUGGUCUACACCCGGUGGAAGUGCGACCGUUUGCCGGUCUUUCAGUUGAAGUUGUUCACACAGGAGUACCCACUCCAUACGACGGUUGGGAUUCUCAGCAUGAUGUUUCUUUGGAAGAACAUGGGGCACUGCUCGGAGGAAACGGAGCGUAAGCACGGCUGGUGGGCGGGAUACCCGUACUGGCGUGAUCCCAUCGCCCGCAGGAAUGAGGCCAAAUACAAGCAAAUGAUUAACAACAACGAUGUGGACGUCACCGACCCAAAAUGGACCGGGUGCUCCCUGGAGCAACUUCACAGGCUGAAAGCUCUGAUGUAG